AUGGAAAAAUCCAAUGACAGCUCAGAGUAUGGUUUUAUCUUGGUGGGUUUCUCUGAUCAUCCCAAGCUGGAGAUGGUGCUCUUUAUAGUGAAUUUUACUCUAUAUGCAGUGACUGUGCUGGGAAAUUUAACCAUAAUUCUUUUGUGUAUCUUAGACCCUCGACUUCACACCCCAAUGUAUUUCUUUCUGGUGAAUCUUUCCUUUCUAGACCUCUGCUUCAGUACUAGUUGCAUCCCACAGAUGCUGGUGAAUCUCUGGGGCCCUGAUAAGACUAUCAGCUACGCAGGCUGUGUUGUCCAACUUUUUUCUUUCCUUUCUAUUGGAGGAAUCGAGUGCAUCCUUCUGGCUGUCAUGGCAUAUGACCGAUAUGUUGUGGUCUGCAAACCUUUGCACUACAUAGCCAUUAUGCACUCCCAGCUGUGUUUACAACUGGUGGCAAUGGCCUGGGGGAGUGGACUGGUCAAUGCUAUUGUCAUGUCACCACUAACAAUGACCCUAUCCAGAUGUGGCCGCAGAGUUAACCAUUUCCUCUGUGAAAUGCCGGUGUUGAUCAAGAUGGCUUGCUUGGAUGCUCGCGCAGUGGAAAUGCUGGCCUUUGCCUUUGCCAUUCUCAUUGUCCUUCUGCCCUUCACUCUUAUUCUUGUCUCCUAUGGCUACACUGCUGCAGCUGUGCUGGGAAUCAAGUCAGAUGCUGUUCGAUGGAAGGCCUUCAGUACUAGUAGUUCUCACCUCACGGUGGUAUCCCUGUUUUAUGGAAGCAUCAUCUACGUGUACAUGCAGCCAGGAAACAGCUCUUCCCAGAACCAAGGCAAGUUUUUUACUCUCUUCUACAACCUGGUGACUCCCAUGUUGAAUCCACUCAUCUAUACUUUAAGGAACAAGGAAGUGAAAGGGGCACUGAAGAAAGUUUUGGGGAUGCAAUAA